ACCCGUGCAGAUGGAUCAGCUCGUCCAGAUGAUGGGUCGCUUGGACAGGCCUGGGCAAACAUCUCACAAGCUUUGUCGUGCGAUCCUAUACAUGAAACGCACUCAUGAGGAAGCGGAAGUGGCCCACCUCCAAAAACAUGCAGCUUUCUGGAGUCUUCACAUCAAGCCAGUGGCGCGACUUAUUGUGAUGGCGACUGACUCAGAGGACGUGAGUGGGAAGUACCAGGAGCUGUUGGAGCUGGAGAUCAAGAAUCGGAAUGCCGCAGCUCCCGAAAACGUCAGCAAUGAACAAGCCACUCACAAACAAGCAGAGAUGUGGCCGCACUCUUUUCAGUUUCAAAAGCGGAGCUGGGGGAUUUCAGAGGCAGAGGCAGCUUCAAAGCAGCGAAAAGUGGAGUCUCCAACCAAGAACCAUGUGUUUCAACAGAUUCAAAGUUCUACUCCGGUCGCCAUCAAUUUGGAGAUGCCCUCAUUCCCAGAUCUUCCCAAAGUGAUGACACGGCAAAGUGUGCAGCUGGGGGUGGGAUACCUCAUUGAGAAUGACGACCGGUUCAGGCACGUUGUGCAGCUGAUUGGUCCACCAACUGCCAUCCUAGAGCUGCUAGGCAAGGGAAGGCCGGACCCUUUUACAACCUUGGUGCAGACCGUAUGUCACCAGCAGCUCAGCGUGAAGGUUUGCCAAGGGAUGUUUCAGCGCUUGCUUGGCCUGUGUGGUGACCGAGACAACAAAAUUCUUCAUCCACAAAGAGUGGUAGCAGAAUCGCCUGACAAGAUUCGAGAAGUGGCGAAACUUUCAUACAGGAAGAUCCAGUACAUUCAGAAGAUCGCGGCAAGAUUCCUGGAUGGCACGCUCAACACCGAAGUUUUUGAAGAGGCAUCUGAUCAAGAACUGCGCGAGCGCAUGACACAGCUUCCGGGCAUUGGAGAGUGGACGCUGGAGAUGUUCCUGAUUUUCCAACUGCAUCGCCAUGGAGGAAUCCCCUUCGGCGAUGUGGCCAUCCAGAGUGCCAUGAAACUGAUCUACAACAUUGUGCCACCUGCAGAUGUCACAGCCAAGAACGAGGUCUCAUGGAUGCCCAGCCGGGCUCAGAUGGAAGCCUUCGCGCUGCGCUGGGGUCCCUUCGGCAGCAUCGCAUCGCUCUAUUUGCUGCGAGUGGCGGACAACGUGAACGCCAUUUUUCUGCCAGAUUGAUUCCUUGGCAUCGAACAACGUCUAACAUUAUCUUGCGGCUAGCGGCUUUGCUACUCGUCUUGUGCAGCAGCUUGGAGCAUGCCGUGCGGCAACGGGCCUUGUACAGUUGGUCGGAUUUCACAGGGCGAUGGCCAGAAUCUUAGGCCACCCGCCAUUGGAUUUGUACAGCACAUCGCUCUCAGGAAAA